UCAUUGCAGUAUACACUGGUGUAUACAAAAGACAAGAAUUACGGUUUCUGGAGACAGAUGAAACGUCCGAAUUCUCUGAUACAAGGGACACUGGACUCUACUCCAACACCCCAUCAACUGGUCUACUAAUUACACGACCACGUCGGCUUCAUUACCAAAACAAACAUACUUUGUGCUUGGUUUUGCAAAUAUACCUCCCAUCUCAGGCACCAGUUUGCGGAGUAAACUUUGCUUGAGGCAGAGGCUUGCAGUCUGUUAACGUCACGUCAGAGUGUGUUAGGUUAACGCUCUCUGCAGCUGUCCAGCCCGACUUCUCGUCCAGGGGAGUGAACCUGUAACCCGAGACUUGACCAGCCAGCCUAGCGCUCACCACACCAUCGUAUAUACCCACUGGAUAUACCCACCAAAACUAAAAGCUACCAUGUUGUAUAAGAGGCACGGGAGUUAAGCUUUAUACGGGAAGUUAAGACGUUGCUUGGACAACUCACUUACUGACAGUAGAAGUCACUGUGAUAGCAAGAUGUCGGACUAUGAUGAAUCUAUCAGCUUUAGGUCGGGUCAGAAAAACACUUUUCACUGGCUUGAUUAUGUUCUCUUCGGAGCAAUGUUGAGUGGAUCUGCAGGAAUCGGGGUGUUUUAUGCCAUCAAGGAUCGAAAACGGCAGAACACGAAGGAGUUUCUGUUGGCAGGAUCUAACAUGAACCCUUUGGUGGUGGCAUUGUCGCUCCUGGCCAGCUUUAUGUCCGCUAUCACCUUGCUCGGAACCCCGGCCGAGAUGUACAACUACGGCACUAUGUACUUCUGGAUAGGCCUUUCUUACUUGUUCGUCGUGUUUGGGGCUGCUCAUGUCUAUAUCCCUAUCUUCUACAACCUUAAUGUGACCAGCGCCUACGAAUAUCUAGAAAAGCGGUUUAGUCGAGGAGUGCGGACGGCCGGCUCUAUUACCUUCUGCAUACAGAUGCUGCUGUACAUGGCCAUCGUCCUGUAUGCCCCAUCGUUGGCGCUUAACGCAGUGACGGGCUUCACCCUGUGGGGAUCAGUCAUUUCGGUGGGAGUUGUCUGUAUCUUCUACACUACACUGGGAGGGAUGAAGGCAGUGCUGUGGACGGACGCAUUCCAGGCCAGCAUGAUGUUCGCUGGGCUCAUCGCUGUCCUCAUUCAGGGCAGCAUCGUUAAGGGAGGCUUCGAGAACGCCUGGCAAAUCGCUGCAGAGAACCACAGGGUCUACUUCACUGACUUUGACCCUGACCCUGCUGUACGCCACAGUUUCUGGGCCCUGGUGGUGGGCGGUACCUUUACCUGGGUGGCAAUAUACGGCACAAAUCAGGCCCAAGUACAGCGGGCGUGUACCUGUGGCACACUAAGGAGAGCACAGAUCUCGCUAUGGCUAAACUUCCCGGGACUCUGCCUCAUCCUGUAUCUCUGCUGUCUGAUCGGAAUCGUUAUCUACGCCUUCUACAGUGAAUGUGACCCCAAAGCCUUUGGACUCAUCUUUGCGUCCGACCAGCUCUACCCACUGUUUGUGAUGGACGUCCUAGGAAAGAUUCCCGGCAUUCCCGGACUCUUCAUCUCCUGUCUAUUCUCUGGCGCCCUGAGCACGAUCUCAUCAGGCCUGAAUUCUCUGUCAGCUGUAAUACUCACCGAUGUCAUUAGCCAGUACUUCAUCAAGGAUAUGAAUGAAAAAACAGCCAUGACAGUUAGCAGGAUUCUGGCUGUUGUGUGUGGGGUCGUGUGCCUGGCUUUAUCGUACGUGGCCUCUCUGUUGGGUGGUGUGUUACAGGCUGCUCUCUCACUGUUCGGGAUGAUAGCUGGACCAUUACUGGGAGUGUUCACCCUGGGCAUGAUUUUUCCCUGGGCCAACGCAUAUGGAGCGUAUGCUGGUCUCUUCUCCAGCCUGGCCUUCCUCUUCUGGAUCGGUAUUGGAGCUCAGGUGUACAAACCACCCAUCAGGCCCACCCCACCAAACAUCAGCACGAUAGCCUGCAACUGGAACCUAACCAGCACAACGGUGUCCACCACACUGAACAUGACAAUGACCUCCACAAUGGCGGGGGUCACCGAGGCAGCGACACAGGUAGUCACGGAGACCACCACAUUGGCAGCCAUGGAGACCACCACACACUCCCCUGACUACAUCCUGUACACCGUGUCCUACCUGUGGUAUAGCGCUAUCGCUGUCCUUACCUGUGUUGUCGUCGGGCUCCUCGUUAGCUGUGCGACAGGUUUUACCAGGCCUAAGGAUCUCGACCCCAAGCUGAUCUGCCCACUGAUGGACGUCCUCUGCCCAUUCCUGCCAGACAGCUGGAGAAAACCUUUCCGAUUUGGCAUCGAUCACAGCAAUAAGGAACGACGAUCCUCGGGCACAAAGCAGCCAGAUGCUGAGAAGCAGUCCUAUGACAAUCCGGCCAUGGCCGGAAUAAGUUCAGCUUUGGAAAAGGAGAGACAAGCGGCGGAGAAAGACGGUGUAAGGAACGGCUCCACCAUACAACCCCCACCAUACUCCGAGGUCGUGGAGCAAGAAACCAGAGAUACCAAACUAUAGAUACUCUAGAUAUUAUGUGCAUUUAUAGCUAUUCAAUUUGUUAGAAAAUAUGUGAUAAUAAUUGGGUAUCUUUUUACCACGAAUUGAGGAUUCGGGUCCAAGCCAGACUGACAAGUGUUGUCUUAUAAUACAUAAGAACUACGUCACCAAUGUGCCCACAAAUCGUCAGCGCAAAGACAGCAGUGUAGAACAGGUUACACUACUCCGACCCCAUUUACUUAAGGCGUAAAAACUUUCCCAUCGUUUUGGUCACGUAUGUAGGGACAUAUAUAUUUCCUUGUUAGCUUUUACGCUUGUAGGAUUGGCUGGCGGACGCCAACAUUCAGGUUAAGGUGUGUGUGGUAAAUAGACAAGCUAAAGUAGGUUAAGACAACACACACAUACUUGGCAUGAUGUACCAUUUAUGGGGAUAUGAAGCAUAGGUUAUUCGUACUCAAAGCUUAAAAUUCACAUUCUGCUAGUUAUAGUGCCAUCCAGCCCUCAGACAAUUGCCACUCAUAGGGCUACCUGUCUGCACUUUGACUACACUGGUAAAUUGCUGAAGAUGUGAUACAUCACUGAGGUUCAGUACCCGUGAUGACUAUCUACAACACAAGAACACAACCGUGCCUAAGAUUAGAGGUGCACACAUUACGGUACAUUCAUUCGAUUACUUUCAGCUUUAUAGGGCAGGUGAUAGUAAACCUUCUGAGCGCUGACAAAUGGUCUAUACCAUCAUUCGUGCGCUGUGGAUACGAUAAACCUAUUCAGUUACAUGCUUAUAUGGUUUACAAACCAGUGGUGCUUCACUUAAUAAACAAAUUCAAUUUUAUUAGCCUCGGCCCCUGAAUAGUUUAUAAUAACACACGUAAACACACUUAAUAUGCCUAAAUAGUUCAUACAACACAACUCACGGCUGCAGAAACACUUCUUACUUAUAUUCCGUACAUGCCCUUGUUAUUUAGCAGACACAAAAAUUUCAUCAAAAUACCAAAUGGUGCGUGUUAAAAUAUAUGGUAAAACAGACAAGAGAUCACACGACAUAAGGACAAGUAUCAAACAUUUUUUAUCAAAAGGAAUAAUCAGAUUUCUCUCAAGGAUAUAUCUGUAUAACGUGUGUUAUUUACGUACAUAAGUUACACCAGGGAAACAUACAUACAUACA